AUGUCCUCGGUAAGCAUCGCCACGGUGCAGCGCAUGUCUGCCAAGACGCUGUCGGAGAUGAUGCUCCACGACGACGGCGGCGCCUCCGACCGGCCGUUUGCCGUCAUCGACGUCCGUGACGACGACUUUAUCGGCGGACACAUCAAGGGCGCGACCAACGUGCCGAGCGCUCAGCUCGACGUCAUGAUGCCGACACUCCUCCGCAAGCUCGCGGACAAGCGGACCGUCAUAUUCCACUGCGCGCUGAGCCAGCAGCGGGGGCCGACGGCGGCCCUGCGUUACCUUCGCGAGCGAGAGCGGCUGGCCGUCGGGGGCGAGCCGAAGCAGGACGUCUUUGUCCUCGAUCGGGGCUUUCACGGGUGGCAGCAGGUGUACGGCACGGAUGAGCGACUGACGGAGGCCUACAGGAAGGAACUCUGGGAGGACCUCUGA